AUGGCUCCUCCUCCUCCCGCGACCUUGCCUUUGGCCGAAAGGCUGAAGGCUCUGGCCCAGACCCUCCAGUUUGGCUGGUUCAUUGGGCACCUGAUGCUACUGCUCUCCGUCUUCCGUUACUCUAUUUCCUUCGUCAUCUUCAACUACUACUCUUCAUGGGCCCGAUUCUCUUAUCGCCUGGCGUUCAUCUCGGCCGCUGUCACCUACGGAAUUGUCGUGUACAAGGGCCACUUCGCCCGCGGUGUCCAGGGCAAUGUUCCCACCAUCCUGACCAAGCUCAUCUCCGAUGAGAACGUCCAAUACCUCGGAAUGGCUCUCGUCUGGCUGUACUCCCGCCAGACCAUUUUGGCCCUCCUGCCCUUCAGCGUGUACUCGGUCUUCCACGUCGCGACCUACACCCGCAUGUACCUGAUUCCCACCCUGCAGCCCCCUCAGGGUGGCUCUGGCCCUGCCUCGCCUGGCUCCCCGAGCUCCAAGACCCCUAGCAAGCAGAACCCUCUUGCUGAGACCAUUGGCCGCUUCAUCAAGCAGUACUACGACGCCAGCAUGGGUGUCGUCGCUAGCCUUGAGAUCCUGCUCCUGUUCCGCCUGGUCCUCUCUGCCAUUACCUUCUCCAAGGGAAGCUGGGUUCUGCUGGUCAUCUACCUCGCUUUCUUCCGCGCUCGCUACGCCCAGAGCUCCUUUGUCCAGCAGGCCGUUCGCCAGAUUACUGCUCGCGCCGACGCUUCCAUCUCCCACCAGAACACUCCUCCCCAGGUUCGCCAGGGUUGGGAGGCCGUCAAGGGUCUGGUGCGCCAGGGCUACCAGGCCACUGAUAUCAGCCGCUACAUCUCGGGCCCCACCGCUGCCAAGAAGCCCCAGUAA